AUCUGAAUUGAUCAGACAUUUGCCUCUGAAUAGUUAAGCAAUAUACUAGCUCUUAAUGGUUCAGACCUCUUACUGGUUCAGCACUUAAUGGUUCAGACCUCUUACUGGUUCAGCACUUACCUAUUCAGAAGUUGCCAAACAGCCCCUUACAUUCUUUCCAAGAAAAAAGAUGAAAAAAGCCAUGACCAAAACAGCGAGCACCACCUUGUAUCCAUUGGUGGCUAUUGUGAUCUUGGAUUUGACAUGGAAGGCUUUUUGAGACCUUCUGCAAAGGUUCUUGGCACAAAGCUUCCUCAACUCCUCAGCCACAUUAUCGAUCUCUUUGUUGCCUUUCUCCGCCAGCAUCUCAUGCAUUGCCGCCGCAUUUUCCCUCACGCCUUUUCCACCCUCCCCCUAAACCACCGCUUUGAUCACCACCACUAUUUUACGGCGGUGGUGCUUUCCACUGCUGUCCCUGACAACUUCCAUUGCCACCCCUACCUCAGCGCCAGCUUGGCAUUCACGGGCUGGUCGAUUUGCAUGGGCAUGGCAAUGAUAGGGACCCCGUAUUUCAUGCCCUCCAUGACCGAGCUCCUCCCGCAGUGGCUCACAAACCCUCUGAUGCUCGGGUGCUCCAAGAUCUUUGCUUGUGGGGCCACACCUGUGACGACCAAACCUCUAUCCCCGACCCUUUCUAAGAACCCGUCUGGCAAGACAUGUUUGAGAGCGUCAUGGUUUGCUUCUUUGGGAAACCUUAAAACCCAAACGAAGUUAAGGUUGCUAAGGUAGAGAUCAUGAGCGAUCUCAGACAAGUCUUCUUCGGUCAAGAAGUACUCGCUUCCGAAGGAAACGAAUACCAAGAUCAAAACCAAUAAGCUUUAUGGAUGAGU